AUGUCAACAUUUUCUUAUGCUGUACAAGUUAUUUUUAUUUUUACUGUCCUCUUUUCUGUUUUUACAAUAAAUGGACCUAUUGCUGCAUCUCCUAUUAAAGAUCAAUCAUUGGAAAUGUCAGAUUAUAAACCAUAUUUAGCUUAUGCCAGAAAUCCAGACUUUUUUAAUAGAUUAUCCUUUAGACAAUGGUCACCUAUUGUAUAUGAACAAUAUCAAGGUCCGGAAUUAAUUCAAAAACGUAAUAAUGCUGAACUAGUUAAUCAUAUUGUUAAAAAUUUUCAUGCUAUUGGACGACUUGAAGAUAUUGGAAAAUAA